AUUCAAUGACUAAUGCUUGAGAGCAACGUACAAACCAUGAUGCACAAAGUCCUCUCAACUGCGUCCUCACAUUUCUCAGCAGCCGUUAACCUCCCGAGCUUUCUCCGUCGUGCCGGUCCCACUUUUCACAUCACUUGCCGUCGUUUCUUUUUCAGCCAUCCGGAAAGCGCCGCCGCGCAGCCGAGAACCCUAGCCGCCGAGCUGCCGCGAGUUGACUCAUUAAUCGACGGCUGCGACUACAAGCACUGGCUCGUGGUCAUGCAACCACCUGAAAAUUACCCUCAAAGAGAUGAAUUAGUUCAGCAGUACGUCUCCACUCUGGCUCUGGCCCUAGGAAGUGAGAAGGCUGCAAUGGAAUCAAUAUACUCGGUCUCGACAAAGUAUUACUACUCGUUCAGCUGCCAAGUCGAUGAAAAUGUGAUUCACAAGAUCAAAUCUCUUCCUCAUGUGAAAUGGGUUUUACCGGACUCGUAUUUGUCUUCUAAAGAAAAUGGCUAUGGAGGUGUUUGUGAUAGUUAUCGUGCGUCUACUUUGCUUUCUAUCCAUAAUUUGUUUACCAUUCAUUCAGCAAUCGGCAUUCGAUUAAUGGCUUGCAAAGGGAACCAUGUGCUGAUGGAAAAGUUGUUCCUUACGAUGAGAAAUAUCACGCAGAUUGGUUGCGUGAUAACUAUGGCAAGGACAACACAGAGAAAAACAGCUCAAGAAAGCGUACAAGGAGACGAAAAAGGUUCAAGAAAUUAUAAUCCUACCGAUAUAUUCCCAAAAUCUGUCGUCGUGAUAUAUUACACUGGAAAAUCUGAGUGUUUUUUUGUAAGAACCUGAAAACUUUUCCAAGGUGCCUUCAAGGGACGUUUGAUGCUCCAGACGAGCUUUGUGAAUUACUUAUAGAUAAAUUAUGCUACAGCUUUCGCUGUAAAAAUCAUUUAGAAGUAUAUUAUUCAUUCGAUUACAGUAAACUUUUAUUUAUAGUUUGCACAAUUCUGCACUUGGCCUCCAGAGCUACCCUUUUAAUUUUUG